UGUUCUAAAUUCAAAUAGUCCGGCGCUUGAGCAGCCCGGACAUUCAACGAAUUCGAAUUUUGAAAUUUUGUUUAAAUUUCGAAUUUCGCGUCGACUGGAGAGGCCGCGAACGAAGGACUGUGCGUUCGGAAACGGACGAUUUGUGUUUAUUUUUUUGUGUGAAGUGAUAAUGUGUGACCAGUGCGUGCAGCGUUGAUUCCAGAAUUCGGAUUACUGUCCAUAAAACUGGGAAAUAUUUCAAGAGGAAUGGCAGUAUAGAAUAUUAUUUCAAGGUGAAAUAAAAAUCCAAUAUGGCGGAAGCUGAGGGAGGGGCGAGUGAGCAGGAUGAUGUUUCAUUCUUGCGCACGGAAGACAUGGUCUGCCUGUCGUGCACAGCGACUGGUGAACGUGUUUGUCUGGCUGCAGAGGGCUUCGGCAACCGGCACUGCUUCCUCGAGAAUAUAGCUGAUAAGAACAUACCGCCGGACCUGUCACAGUGCGUGUUUGUUAUUGAGCAGGCAUUGUCGGUGAGAGCCUUGCAAGAGUUGGUGACCGCAGCCGGUUCGGAAACUGGCAAAGAAAACUUAGGUAAAGGCACUGGUUCUGGACACAGAACUCUUUUGUACGGCAAUGCUAUCCUACUGCGGCACCUUAACAGUGACAUGUACUUGGCCUGUCUGUCGACGUCGUCGUCUCAGGACAAGUUGGCCUUCGACGUGGGUCUGCAGGAACACUCGCAGGGUGAAGCCUGCUGGUGGACCCUGCAUCCAGCAAGCAAGCAAAGAUCCGAGGGUGAGAAGGUGCGAGUUGGUGACGACCUGAUCUUGGUCUCCGUAGCUACUGAAAGAUACUUGCACACAACGAAAGAGAACGAAGUAUCCAUAGUGAACGCGUCUUUCCACGUGACGCAUUGGUCUGUCCAGCCUUACGGAACUGGUAUAUCGCGAAUGAAGUAUGUGGGCUACGUCUUCGGAGGUGAUGUACUCAGGUUCUUCCAUGGAGGUGACGAGUGUCUCACGAUACCCAGUACUUGGACGAAGGACGGGGGACAAAACAUUGUCGUCUACGAAGGUGGGUCGGUGAUGUCACAAGCUCGUUCUCUAUGGCGCUUAGAACUAGCCCGCACGAAGUGGGCAGGAGGCUUCAUCAACUGGUACCACCCCAUGCGCAUAAGGCACAUCACCACCGGCAGAUAUCUCGGAGUCAACGACCAGAAUGAGUUGUAUUUGGUUAGCAGAGAGGAAGCAACGACAGCGUCGUGUGCGUUCUGCCUGCGCCAAGAGAAGGACGAUCAGAAACAAGUGCUGGAAGACAAGGACCUCGAAGUGAUAGGGGCACCGAUCAUCAAGUAUGGUGACUCUACUGUCAUCGUCCAGCAUUCAGAGACGGGACUAUGGCUUUCUUACAAGUCCUAUGAAACGAAGAAGAAAGGCGUCGGUAAAGUGGAAGAAAAACAAGCGAUCCUCCACGAAGAAGGCAAGAUGGACGACGGGCUCGACUUCUCAAGGUCACAGGAGGAGGAGUCUAGAACAGCCAGGGUCAUCAGGAAGUGUUCCUCACUCUUCACCAAGUUUAUCAAUGGUCUUGAAACGUUGCAAGAGAAUCGGCGUCACUCAAUGUUCUUCGCCUCGGUUAACCUCGGCGAGAUGGUGAUGUGCCUAGAGGAUCUUAUCAAUUACUUCGCGCAGCCUGAUGAGGAUAUGGAACACGAAGAAAAACAGAACAAACUGCGUGCUUUGCGCAACCGUCAAGAUCUGUUUCAAGAGGAAGGCAUUUUAAAUCUGAUCCUGGAAGCCAUAGACAAGAUCAACGUCAUCACCUCGCAAGGGUUCCUCGCUGGCUUCCUGGCCGGUGAUGAAUCAGGACAGAGCUGGGAGAUGAUUUCGGGAUAUCUAUAUCAACUAUUGGCUGCCAUAAUCAAGGGAAACCACACAAAUUGCGCUCAAUUCGCGAACUCCAACCGUCUGAACUGGUUAUUCUCGCGACUCGGCUCACAAGCGUCGGGGGAGGGUACUGGCAUGCUCGAUGUACUGCAUUGCGUGCUCAUCGACUCGCCUGAAGCUCUGAAUAUGAUGAGGGACGAGCACAUAAAGGUCAUCAUAUCCCUGUUAGAGAAGCAUGGACGAGAUCCCAAGGUCUUGGACGUGUUGUGUUCUCUAUGCGUUGGUAACGGAGUGGCUGUGAGGUCAUCACAAAACAACAUCUGCGAUUAUCUACUGCCUGGGAAGAAUCUACUAUUACAAACGCAACUUGUCGAUCAUGUGUCGAGUAUUCGUCCGAACAUCUUCGUGGGCCGAGUAGAAGGGUCGGCCGUUUACCGAAAAUGGUACUUCGAGGUGACCAUGGACCACAUCGAGAAGACCACGCACAUGAUGCCCCAUCUGCGUAUCGGAUGGGCAAAUACUUCUGGCUACGUCCCUUACCCUGGAGGUGGUGAGAAGUGGGGUGGUAAUGGAGUCGGAGAUGAUCUAUACUCGUUCGGGUUUGAUGGAGCUUUCCUCUGGUCUGGUGGUAGGAAGACGCCCGUCAAUAGAACACAUGCUGAGGAACCUUAUAUUAGGAAAGGUGAUGUCAUCGGCUGUGCCUUGGAUUUGAAUGUUCCGAUAAUUAACUUCAUGUUCAACGGAAUAAGGGUGACAGGCUCCUUCACCAACUUCAACUUGGAGGGCAUGUUCUUCCCAGUUAUCAGUUGUUCUAGCAAAUUAAGUUGCCGAUUCCUCCUCGGCGGUGAACACGGUCGUCUUCGCUACGCAGCACCAGAAGGAUACUCGCCACUCGUAGAGUCUCUCCUCCCACAACAGAUCCUGAACCUGGAGCCAUGCUUCUACUUCGGAAACCUUUCUAAACGGGCCCUAGCUGGACCUCCUCUAGUCCAAGAUGAUACUGCCUUCGUCCCCACUCCAGUUGACACAUUAUUGAUUACUUUGCCGUCUUACGUGGAGCAAAUCAGGGAUAAACUGGCCGAGAACAUUCAUGAGAUGUGGGCGAUGAAUAAGAUCGAAGCCGGCUGGGUGUACGGAGACCAGCGUGAUGACCUUCACAAGGUGCAUCCGUGUCUUGUGCCGUUCGAAAGGCUACCACCUGCCGAAAAGCGCUAUGAUAUACAACUCGCCGUUCAGACCCUUAAAACUAUCUUAGCCCUUGGCUACUAUAUAAGCCUGGACAAGCCGCCAGCGCGUAUCCGCAACGUGCGUCUACCCAACGAACCAUUUAUGCAGUCUAAUGGCUACAAACCAGCGCCGCUAGAUCUGAGCGCCGUGACGCUGACGCCUAAGAUGGACGAGUUGGUGGACCAGUUGGCGGAGAACACUCACAACCUUUGGGCCAGGGAGAGGAUACAGCAAGGCUGGACAUAUGGGCUCAAUGAGGAUCCGGAAAUGCACCGCUCGCCGCAUUUAGUGCCAUACGCAAAAGUCGACGAAGCGAUAAAGAAAGCGAACCGAGACACAGCCUCGGAAACUGUUAGGACCUUACUGGUCUACGGAUACAAUUUGGACCCGCCCACUGGAGAACAGCAUGAAGCACUUUUGGCGGAAGCAUCGAAACAAAAGCAAGCUGACUUUAGAACAUAUAGAGCUGAGAAGAACUACGCAGUCAGCUCGGGGAAGUGGUACUUUGAAUUCGAAAUACUCACCGCUGGACCAAUGCGGGUUGGUUGGGCUCAUGCGGACAUGGCCCCUGGAAUGAUGUUGGGUCAGGACGAAAAUUCUUGGGCUUUCGAUGGAUAUAAUGAGGAAAAAGUGUACAGCGGUAGCACAGAAUCGUUCGGCAAGCAAUGGGCGGUCGGUGACGUAGUCGGAGUGUUCCUAGAUCUAAUCGAUAAGACGAUAAGUUUCUCUUUAAAUGGAGAACUGCUGAUGGACGCCCUCGGUGGAGAGACCACAUUCGCAGAUGUCCAGGGCGAUAACUUUGUGCCGGCCUGUACUCUUGGCGUUGGGCAAAAGGCCAGGUUAACCUACGGUCAAGAUGUUAACACAUUGAAGUAUUUCACCACGUGUGGUCUUCAAGAGGGUUACGAGCCUUUCUGUGUAAAUAUGAAGAGAGAUGUCACUCAUUGGUAUACUAAAGAUCAGCCUAUCUAUGAGAAUACAGACGAAAUGCCCGACACGAGGAUCGACGUCACCAGAAUACCUGCAGGAUCAGACACUCCACCAUGUUUGAAGAUCUCUCACAACACGUUCGAGACAAUGGAGAAGGCUAACUGGGAGUUCCUGAGGCUGUCGUUGCCUGUUAUAUGUCACUCGGAAUUCAUUGAUGAAGCAGAGAAAGCUCGCAGAUGGGUGGAGAUCAAGGAACGACAACAGAUCCUCAUGAAGGAGGCUACGGAAGCCCAGAUGCCAGCCCACAUAGACCAGAUCAUGCGCAGUGGGUUCACCAUGAACGAUAUUAAAGGUCUGCACUACGAGGACAACCAGGAGGAGCUGCAGGGCUCGAAGGUGAAGCGGCAGCCAUCGCGGCCGCCGCGCAAGACCUCCAUACCACGCGGCGUUACCAUACAAAAUUAUAAUAUACAACCAGGACAACAAGUCAACGGCAUGCAUCGGUCCACCAGCGAGGUCGAGAUGGCAAAGUACGAGCUUGGAGGAGCUCAGAGCUUAGCCCCAGACGAUAAGAAGGACAAGCGUGGCCGGUCGCCUUUUAAGUUUUUCAAAAGCAAGCGCGGCGAGAGCGGCGACCGCGGCAAGUCGCGCAAGUCCAAGACUCCGGAUCCCUUCAGCGAUACAGAAGUGUCGCCCGAGAGGACCGUGCGAAGGCCCAAUCCGCAAAUCAAGGUGUCACAGGCGAAUCAAAGAUAUAACGGAAUGAGUCCACGCGCCAGCAGGCCCAACUUGUACGGAAGCCAAGGGGGUCUGAACACGGCUACCCACAUGACUCCCACCCAAGACCGCAAACAGAUGACGACUACAACGCUCGCGGCUGCCACUACAGAGACGGUUGGCAACGAAAUCUUCGACGCGGAGUGCUUGAAGCUCAUCAACGAAUAUUUCUAUGGUGUUAGAAUAUUCCCCGGCCAAGAUCCAACGCACGUGUACAUAGGCUGGGUGACGACGCAGUACCAUCUCCAUUCCAAAGACUUCAACCAGAGCAAAGUGAUGAAGUCAUCUGUCAUCAUCACUGAUGAUUACGACAGGGUUGUUGAGAGUGUAAACCGCCAAUCCUGCUAUAUGGUGCGAGCUGAUGAACUAUAUAACGAAGUGAUGGCCGAAGCUACAGGCAAAGGCGCGUCGCAAGGCAUGUUCAUCGGCUGCUCUGUGGACACUUCCACCGGCACUGUCACCUUCACAUGCGAGGGGAAAGAGACCAGCAUCAAGUUUAAGAUGGAGCCAGAAACAAAGCUAUUCCCGGCCAUCUUCGUAGAAGCGACGUCCAGGGAGAUACUUCAGAUAGAACUGGGCAGAUCUCCGACCAGCCUCCCGCUCAGUGCGGCGGUGUUGCCCACCAGUGACAAGCAUGUCAUUCCUCAGUUCCCGCCGAGGCUCAAAGUGCAGUGCCUUAAGCCGCAUCAAUGGGCGAGGGUACCGAAUCUCUCAUUGCAAGUGCAUGCUCUGAAGUUAUCCGACAUCCGCGGUUGGUCCAUGCUGUGCGAAGACGCUGUCUCAAUGCUGGCUUUACAUAUACCAGAGGAAGACCGUUGUAUCGACAUCUUGGAGUUAAUAGAGAUGGACAAGUUGCUAAGUUUCCACUCACAUACUCUCACGCUGUACGCCGCGCUAUGCUAUCAGAGUAACUACAGAGCUGCGCAUGCGCUUUGCCAGCAUGUGGACCAGAAACAGCUGCUGUACGCGAUACAGUCGCAGUACAUGUCGGGCCCGCUGCGGCAAGGGUUCUACGACCUGCUCAUAGCGCUGCAUCUCGAGUCGCACGCUACAACUAUGGAGACGUGUAAGAACGAGUUCGUGAUCCCCCUGGGCGGCGAACUGAAGAUGCUGUACGAGGAACCACACAUGGGACAUUCAUUACGUUCGCUGCAGACUGAGAGUGUACGGCCGCAGAUGAAAAUGACUGAUAUUGCUGAAAGUAUAACAGAGAUCAGCAAUCUAUACUCUCCCUACUUCCCGUUGGAGGUGGUGAGAGAAUUCGUGAUGCAAGCGCUGGCGGAGGCGGUGGAGACCAACCAGGUGCACAACAGGGAUCCCGUGGGAGGUAGUAACGAGAACCUCUUCCUACCUCUUAUAAAGCUGGUGGAUCGUCUUCUCUUAGUCGGUAUGAUGCGUGAUGAAGACGUGGAGAAGCUACUCAUCAUGAUCAAUCCUGAGACCUGGGAUCCUACCUUCGAUAAAGAAGGCAAAGACGAGCACCGCAAAGGCCUCCUCCACAUGAAGAUGGCGGAAGGCGCAAAGCUCCAAAUGUGUUAUCUGCUGCAGCAUCUAAACGACAUACAAUUACGACACAGGGUCGAGUCGAUUAUCGCCUUCGCUCACGAUUUUGUUGGUGACUUGCAGGCUGAUCAGCUGAGACGUUACACCGAAAUCAAGCAGUCGGAUCUGCCAAGCGCAGUAGCCGCUAAGAAGACGAGAGAGUUCCGCUGCCCACCUCGGGAACAGAUGAAUGCUAUACUUAGUUUCAAGCAUCUUGAAGAUGAAGAUAAAGAGAACUGUCCGUGCGGUGAAGAGCUAAUAGCUCGCAUGAACGACUUCCACGAGAGUUUAAUGGCGCAUGUAUCUCUCAAUGCGCUGCAGGAACCUGACCCUGAGGAAAACACUGAGCCAGAAGCAAAACCGGGCGCAUUUGGCAAGCUGUACAACAUAAUCAACACAGUGAAGGAGUUAGAGGAAGAACCUAAGGCAAUAGAAGAACCACCGAAGAAGACUCCAGAAGAAAGGUUCCGCAAAGUGCUCAUACAGACCAUAGUGAGCUGGGCGGAGGAGUCGCAAAUCGAAACGCCAAAACUCGUCAGAGAAAUGUUCAGUCUUCUUGUUCGACAAUACGACGCGGUAGGCGAACUCAUCCGUGCCCUAGAGAAGACGUAUGUCAUCAACGCGAAGACCAAACUGGACGUGGCGGAGAUGUGGGUGGGGCUGAGUCAGAUCCGAGCUCUGCUGCCGGUCCAGAUGAGCCAGGAGGAAGAGGAACUCAUGAGGAAGCGGCUCUGGAAACUCGUUAACAACCACACGUUCUUCCAGCAUCCUGAUUUGAUAAGAGUGUUGCGCGUGCACGAGAACGUGAUGGCGGUAAUGAUGAACACGCUCGGCCGCCGUGCGCAAGCGCAGAGUGACCAGCAACCCUCGCAGCCAGCACAACCCACGCCAGACGACAACAAAGAGAAGGACACCUCCCACGAGAUGGUGGUGGCAUGCUGCCGCUUCCUGUGCUACUUCUGCCGCACCGGUCGACAGAACCAGAAGGCUAUGUUUGACCACUUCGACUUCCUGCUGGAGAACUCCAAUAUCCUGCUGUCCAGACCCUCUCUCCGAGGUUCCACGCCGCUGGACGUGGCCUACUCAAGUCUGAUGGAGAAUACCGAGCUCGCGCUGGCUUUGAGAGAGCACUACCUAGAGAAGAUAGCAGUAUACCUCUCCCGUUGUGGACUCCAGAGCAACUCGGAGUUGGUAGAAAAGGGAUAUCCAGACCUUGGCUGGGAUCCAGUAGAAGGAGAGCGUUAUUUGGACUUCCUGAGGUUCUGCGUUUGGGUAAACGGUGAAAGCGUAGAAGAGAACGCUAACCUGGUCAUUCGUCUCCUCAUCCGUCGACCGGAGUGCCUUGGACCAGCUCUCAGAGGAGAGGGAGAGGGCCUGCUUAAGGCGAUAGUCGAUGCCAACAAGAUGAGCGAGAGAAUUGCUGAUCGAAGGAAGCUGAGAGAUUUGGAGCAGGAGGGAGAUAUUAAUUUCAGCCAUCCCCUGCCCGAAUCUGAUGAGGAUGAGGACUACAUCGACACAGGCGCUGCUAUAUUGAAUUUCUACUGCACGCUGGUGGAUCUGCUGGGACGGUGCGCGCCUGAUGCCGCUGUUAUUGCGCUGGGUAAAAACGAAUCGUUAAGAGCUCGGGCUAUUCUCCGUUCCCUGGUGCCAUUAGAAGAUCUUCAGGGAGUGCUCAGUCUUCGCUUCACGCUGAACAAUCCCGCUGCGGGUGAAGAAAGGCCUAAGUCGGACAUGCCAUCCGGGCUGAUUCCUGGGCACAAGCAGAGCGUCGGCUUAUUCUUAGAGCGCGUGUACGGCAUCGAAACUCAAGAGUUGUUCUACAAACUCCUGGAGGAGGCGUUCUUGCCUGAUCUGAGAGCUGCCACCAUGUUGGACAGGAACGACGGCUGCGAGUCGGACAUGGCGUUAUCGAUGAAUCGAUACAUCGGCAACUCGAUUCUGCCGCUGCUGAUCAAACACGCCAAUUUCUACAACGAGGCUGAGAACUACGGCAGUUUGUUGGAUGCCACCUUACAUACUGUGUAUAGGUUGUCCAAGAACCGAAUGCUAACCAAAGGACAGCGAGAGGCAGUGUCCGACUUCUUAGUCGCCCUAACUUCGGCCAUGCAGCCAUCCAUGCUGCUCAAACUGCUGCGGAAGCUGACCGUGGAUGUGUCCAGACUGUCGGAGUAUACUACUGUAGCGUUAAGGCUGCUGACGCUGCACUAUGAGCGCUGCGCGAAGUACUACGGCAGCACGGGCGGGCAGGGGCUGUACGGCGCCUCCUCCGACGAGGAGAAGCGCCUCACCAUGAUGCUCUUCUCCAACAUCUUCGACUCGCUCAGCAAGAUGGACUACGAGCCGGAACUCUUCGGGAAGGCGCUGCCGUGUCUCAUUGCUAUUGGUUGUGCCUUACCGCCCGACUACUCACUAUCGAAGAACUACGACGAUGAGUUUUAUGGAAAAGAACAGACUACAGGCUCCGACAAUCCGCAGUACGACCCGCAACCGAUCAACACGUCGUCCGUCGCACUGAACAACGAUCUCAACACGAUCGUGCAGAAGUUCUCCGAACACUACCAUGAUGCUUGGGCUUCCAGGAAAAUAGAAAACGGCUGGGUGUACGGAGAAUCGUGGUCCGACAGUCAGAAGACUCAUCCGCGGCUCAAGCCUUACAACAUGCUCAAUGAUUAUGAAAAAGAGCGGUACAAAGAACCAGUAAGGGAAUCUCUGAAGGCCUUAUUAGCUAUUGGAUGGUCAGUGGAACACUCGGAGGUGGACAUCCCGAGCAACAACCGCAGCUCCAUGCGGAGACAGUCCAAGUCAGGAGGCCGUCCACCCGAAGUACUGACGGACUCAGCUACACCAUUCAACUACAACCCGCAUCCAGUGGACAUGACAAACUUAACGCUGUCCCGCGAGAUGCAGAAUAUGGCGGAGCGAUUGGCAGAGAACGCACACGACAUCUGGGCUAAGAAAAAGAAGGAGGAACUUGUUACCAAUGGAGGUGGAAUUCAUCCUCAAUUGGUCCCUUACGACCUGUUAACCGACAAGGAAAAAAAGAAGGAUCGCGAACGCUCCCAAGAGUUCCUGAAAUAUCUCCAAUACCAAGGAUACAAGCUUCACAGGCCGAGCAAAAUGCCCCAAAGCGACACGGAGCAGACAACAACUGGAGUGGCUAUAGAGUUGAGAUUCGCUUACUCGUUGUUAGAGAAACUUAUCCAGUACAUCGAUAGAGCGACUAUUAAUAUGAAAUUGCUGAAGCCGUCCACUACUUUCAGUAGAAGGAGUAGUUUUAAAACUAGCACGAGGGAUAUUAAGUUCUUUUCUAAGGUGGUUCUUCCGCUAAUGGAGAAGUACUUCUCGACGCACCGCAACUACUUCAUAGCAGUGGCGACCGCGACCAACAACGUGGGUGCGGCUAGCUUGAAAGAAAAAGAGAUGGUCGCAGCUCUAUUCUGUAAACUCGCUAGCUUGCUCAGAUCCAGGUUGGCAGCGUUCGGCCCAGACGUGCGUAUAACUGUUCGCUGUCUCCAAGUCCUUGUGAAGGGCAUCGACGCCAAGUCUCUCGUCAAAAACUGCCCCGAGUUCAUCAGGACAUCCAUGCUGACGUUCUUCAACAACGUCGCUGAUGACGUCGGACAUACUAUACUCAACUUGCAAGAGGGUAAAUAUGCCCACCUCCGCGGCACGCACCUGAAGACGUCUACUUCUCUCGGCUACAUUAACGGAGUAUUACUCCCGAUCCUGACCGCCAUGUUUGACCACCUCGCCAACUGCGAGUACGGAGCCGAUUUGUUACUGGAUGAGAUCCAAGUGGCGUCGUACAAAAUGCUUGGAUCGUUGUACACGCUCGGGACGGAUGCCUCGCUCACUCACGACAGGAAGUAUCUCAAGACAGAGAUAGAGAGAAACAAACCCGCUUUGGGUUCGUGUCUCGGCGCGUUCAGUUCAACGUUCCCCGUCGCGUUUCUGGAGCCGCAUCUCAACAAACACAACCAGUUCUCGUUGCUCAACAGGAUCGCCGAUCACUCGCUGGAAGCUCAGGAUAUAAUGGCGAAAAUGGAACAAUCGAUGCCAACGCUAGAGACCAUUCUGGGAGAAGUGGACCAGUUCGUGGAGUCGGACAAGACGUACAACGAAGCGCCUCACAUUAUCGACGUGGUGUUGCCGCUGCUCUGCUCGUACUUGCCAUUCUGGUGGGCACAAGGGCCUGACAACGUCACUCCUACUGGCGGUAACCACGUAACCAUGGUCACAGCUGAACACAUGAACCAACUCCUCAAGAACGUCCUGAAGUUAAUCAAGAAGAACAUCGGUAACGAAAGCGCUCCGUGGAUGACCAGAAUCGCGACCUACACCCAACAGAUCAUCAUCAACAGCUCAGAGGAACUCCUGAGGGACUCGUUCCUUCCUCUGGCUGAGAGGGUCAGAAAACGUACAGACACCAUGUUCCAUAAGGAGGAGAGCUUGAGAGGGUUCAUUAAGUCAUCUACAGACGACACUUCGCAAGUGGAAUCUCAGAUCCAAGAGGACUGGCAGUUGUUAGUGAGAGACAUAUACUCGUUCUACCCGCUGCUCAUCAAGUACGUGGACUUGCAGAGGAACCAUUGGCUGAGGAACAACAUACCAGAGGCGGAAGAGCUGUACAACCACGUGGCAGAGAUCUUCAAUAUAUGGUCGAAGAGUCAGUACUUCCUCAAGGAGGAGCAGAACUUCAUAUCCGCUAACGAGAUUGACAAUAUGGUGCUAAUAAUGCCGACUGCUACUCGUCGUGUGACGGCUGUGGUAGACGGAACACCGCAAAGCGGUGGCAAGGUUCGAAAAAAGAAGAAGCACCGUGACAAGAAACGUGACAAAGAUAAGGAGGUUCAGGCAUCGUUGAUGGUGGCCUGUCUGAAGAGGCUGUUACCUGUGGGAUUGAACCUCUUCGCUGGCAGGGAGCAGGAGUUGGUGCAACACUGCAAGGAUCGGUUCCUUAAGAAAAUGUCAGAACACGACGUAGCGGAGUUCGCGAAGACCCAACUGACGUUACCAGACAAAAUCGACCCGGCGGACGAAAUGUCCUGGCAGCACUAUCUGUACAGCAAGCUAGGGUCGAAGAGCAAGACGGCCAUCACUGUGGAUACGGCGGAGAAUAAAGCCAAGAUCAUAGAUGAUACAGUGGAGAGGAUUGUUGCUAUGAGCAAAGUGCUGUUUGGUUUGCAUAUGAUCGACCAUCCGCAACAAAUGAGCAAGAACGUGUAUCGGUCAGUGGUAUCUAUUCAAAGGAAACGGGCUGUCAUCGCGUGCUUCAGGCAAACCUCCCUGCACUCGCUGCCAAGACAUCGUGCUUGCAACAUUUUCGCUCGUACUUAUUACGAGCUGUGGUUAGAGGAAGAGAACAUCGGACAAGAAGUUAUGAUUGAAGAUUUGACGCAAUCGUUCGAAGACGCGGAGCUGAAGAAGAGUGACGUGGUAGAGGAGGAGGGCAAGCCUGACCCUCUGACGCAGCUCGUCACCACCUUCUGCAGAGGAGCUAUGACCGAACGGUCAGGGGCUUUACAGGAAGAUCCUCUAUACAUGUCGUACGCACACAUCAUCGCGAAGUCAUGCGGAGAGGAAGAGGAGGAAGGCGGAGGGGAAGAGGAAGAGGGAGGCGGAGAAGCGGAGGGCGAGGAAGAAGGUGGUCCUAGUAUUCACGAGCAAGAAAUGGAAAAACAAAAAUUACUAUUCCACCAAGCGCGUCUCGCGGACCGCGGCGUGGCCGAGAUGGUCCUCCUCCACAUCUCCGCCUCCAAGGGAGUGCCCAGCGACAUGGUGAUGAAGACCUUGCAGCUCGGCAUCUCCAUACUGCGCGGCGGCAACAUCGAUAUACAGAUGGGCAUGUUAAACCACCUGAAAGACAAGAAAGACGUAGGCUUCUUCACAUCCAUUGCCGGUCUCAUGAACUCCUGCUCUGUGCUCGACUUGGACGCCUUCGAGAGAAACACGAAGGCGGAAGGUCUGGGUGUGGGCCUAGAAGGCGCGGCUGGCGAGAAGAACAUGCACGAUGCGGAAUUCACCUGCGCUCUCUUCAGGUUCAUACAACUCACUUGCGAAGGCCACAAUUUGGAAUGGCAGAACUACCUCCGUACACAAGCCGGUAACACCACAACGGUGAACGUGGUCAUUUGCACCGUCGACUACCUGCUGCGGCUGCAAGAGUCCAUCAUGGACUUCUACUGGCACUACUCUAGCAAGGAACUCAUUGACCCGGCCGGCAAAGCCAACUUCUUCAAAGCGAUAGGUGUUGCGUCACAAGUGUUCAACACGCUCACUGAAGUCAUCCAGGGUCCUUGCACGCAAAAUCAACAGGCGCUCGCACAUUCUAGGUUAUGGGACGCAGUGGGAGGUUUCCUGUUCCUAUUCUCUCACAUGCAGGACAAGUUGUCCAAGCACUCGUCACAGGUGGACCUCUUGAAGGAACUCCUCAACCUGCAGAAGGACAUGAUCACCAUGAUGCUGUCCAUGCUCGAAGGAAACGUUGUCAACGGUACGAUUGGCAAACAAAUGGUAGACACGCUCGUAGAAUCAGCAUCGAACGUGGAACUGAUCCUUAAGUACUUCGACAUGUUCCUGAAACUGAAGGACCUGACGUCAAGCGCCAGCUUCCAGGAGAUAGAUGCUAAUAACGACGGCUGGGUUCUGCCCAAGGACUUCAAGGAGAAGAUGGAACAGCAGAAGAGUUAUACGCCUGAAGAAAUAGAGUUCCUAUUGGCGUGCUGUGAGACCAACCACGAUGGCAAGCUGGACUACGUGGGCUUCUGCGAUCGGUUCCACGAGCCCGCCAAGGAGAUCGGCUUUAACCUCGCCGUGCUGCUCACCAACUUAUCCGAACACAUGCCCAACGAGCCAAGACUGGCCCGUUUCCUAGAGACAGCCGGUUCCGUGCUGAACUACUUCGAGCCGUUCCUGGGCCGCAUCGAAAUCAUGGGCGGGUCGAAGCGCAUCGAGCGAGUCUAUUUCGAAAUUAAGGAGUCUAAUAUUGAACAGUGGGAGAAGCCGCAGAUUAAGGAAUCGAAACGCGCAUUCUUCUACAGCAUAGUGACAGAAGGUGGCGAUAAAGAGAAGUUGGAAGCGUUCGUGAACUUCUGCGAGGACGCCAUCUUUGAGAUGACGCACGCGUCCGGCCUCAUGGCGGCGUCGGAGGAGGCGGCCGGCGGACCCAAGAACAGAGAGGCCAGUUACAUGUACAUGGGCGAUGAUGAUGACGAAAGAGCUGGCAAAGAUCCAUUCCGUCGCGGCCUUCAAUCAGUCAAAGACGGUAUCUACACGGCAUUCUCGUCCUUAUCACCAUCGAAUAUAAAGGCGAAAAUUGCGGACCUACAGCAGAUGCCGCCAGCAGAAUUAGCAGUCGGAUUCUUCAAACUGUUCUUCUAUUUGUUCUAUUAUAUGGGAUACGGUGUUCUUGUCGUUGUUAGGUACAUAUUCGGCGUAUUGCUGGGCCUAAUGCGAGGCCCACAAGUGGAGGAGGAGCCACCGCCGGAACCGACAGAGGAGGAGAAAAUCGGUCAGUUGAGACUCAGGUUACUGACACCAAGUACGAGACAUCUCCCAGCGUUACCACCGGCCGAUGAUACGGGACAGAUGCAGGUUUCUGCUUUCGGACUGGACAUCACUAAAGAAGACAACGGACAGAUCCAAGUGAAACCGCAUGAGUCGCCGAGCACGUCCACACCCUCCUCGGGCGAGGAGGCGGAGGCGUCGCCGGACGACAGCGUCGAACACUCUGAGGAACAGCGGCCUCCGUCACUUAUCGACUUGUUGGGUGGUGAACAAGCAAAGAAACAAGCUCAAGAACGAAUGGAAGCGCAAGCGGUGCAACAAGCAGCCAUGUCCGCUAUUGAAGCCGAGAGCAAGAAGGCGGUCCAAAGCCCCUCGUCCUCCUCAGCCCUCUCACAAAUGGACCUCUCUCAGUACACGCGGCGCGCGGUGUCUUUCCUCGCGAGGAACUUCUACAACCUCAAAUACGUCGCGCUCGUGCUGGCCUUCUGCAUCAACUUUGUGUUGCUGUUUUAUAAGGUAUCGACAUUGGACGGCGAGAAAAGCGAGGGUUCGGGUUUGGGAGACAUCAUCGCGGGAUCCGGCUCCGGACAGGGGUCUGGUAGUGGUGAUGGCGGCAGCGGUGAGGACGAUGACGACGCGUUAGAAGUAGUUCACAUAGACGAGGACUUCUUCUACAUGGAGCACGUGAUCAAAGUCGCCGCGGUGUUACAUUCGAUAGUCUCGCUCGCUAUACUCAUCGGAUACUAUCAUCUCAAGGUGCCGCUAGCCAUUUUCAAGCGUGAGAAGGAGAUCGCCCGUAAGCUAGAAUUCGACGGCCUAUACAUCGCGGAACAGCCCGAGGACGAUGACCUCAAGAGCCACUGGGAUAAACUCGUCAUCUCCGCCAAAUCGUUCCCUGUCAAUUACUGGGAUAAGUUUGUGAAGAAGAAAGUCCGUGCCAAGUAUUCAGAGACGUACGACUUCGACUCAAUAUCGAACAUGCUCGGAAUGGAGAAGACUUCGUUCUCAGCGCAAGAGGAGGAGGGAAGCAAGGGCCUGAUCCAUUACAUAAUCAACAUUGAUUGGCGCUACCAAGUGUGGAAGGCUGGCGUGACGAUCACAGACAACUCGUUCCUCUACUCUCUGUGGUACUUCGCGUUCUCGGUGAUGGGAAACUUCAACAACUUCUUCUUCGCUGCUCAUCUGCUAGAUGUCGCUGUUGGGUUCAAGACUCUACGCACGAUCUUGCAGUCUGUCACGCAUAAUGGGAAACAACUGGUGCUGACGGUUAUGCUGCUCACGAUAGUGGUGUACAUAUACACAGUGAUAGCAUUCAACUUCUUCCGCAAGUUCUACGUUCAGGAGGAAGACGAUGAGGUCAACAGGAACUGUCAUGACAUGCUCACGUGCUUCGUGUUCAACCUGUACAAGGGCGUGCGAGCCGGCGGCGGUAUCGGAGACGAGCUUGAACCUCCCGACGGCGACGACUCCGAGGUCUACCGCAUCAUCUUCGACAUAUCGUUCUUCUUCUUCAUCAUCGUCAUCCUGCUUGCCAUCCUGCAGGGUCUGAUCAUCGACGCGUUCGGUGAGCUUCGUGACCAGCUGGAGUCGGUCAAGGACGACAUGGAGUCCAACUGCUUCAUAUGCGGCAUCAAUAAAGACUACUUUGAUAAGGUUCCACACGGGUUCGACACUCACGUGCAGAGAGAACAUAAUCUAGCAAACUACAUGUUCUUCCUCAUGCAUCUUAUUAAUAAGCCAGACACCGAGUAUACGGGUCAAGAAACAUUCGUGUGGAACAUGUACACGCAGCGGUGUGGGACUUCUUCCCGGUCGGAGACUGCUUCAGGAAGCAGUACGAGGACCUCAUGGGAGAAUAGACACCAUAACACUACCACAACUACCAUUUGUAUGCGUCAGUCGAUAUUGAGAUUAUUUCGAACAGGCCGGCAAGCGAUAUUGCAUCGAUUGUUUUUUCAAACAGGCCAGUGCUGUCGACUAGCGAGAGAUGAUUAUCCCUCGUUUAUCGACAUCUGGUUCGAUUUAACUUUGUUAGCAGUAGACUGCAGAGCCCGUUAAUAAAUGAUAAAUGUAAUUUGUAUAUAAAUUUUAUUGAACAAAAAAUAUUGUGUGAAUUAAAUUUUAACUAAAGUGCAAUAAUAAAUAUAUUUCAUACAUUUUAGACAAUUUUUGAUAUCGAUUGAUGCAUAAUCUACAAGGAGAGUUAAGUAAAAUAAAAAGCUUCAAAUAAUUGCAAUUUCAUAAUUUAUUGCUCAAAAUUAUAUAACAUCCAAAAAAAUUGCAUCAACUGGCAUCUGAGAUUGCGAAGAAGUGAAUAGAGAUAUUAUUCGAUCAUCGAUAUCGUAGCCACGUCCAUCGAUUAUCGAUUACACAUUUUCUUAAACUAAUCGAUAUGAUAUCGAUACAACUUUUGAAUUAUCGAUUAUAAAUUCAAAAUGUAUCGCGAAAUAAACACUUGUUCGCAAUCGAUAGAACAUCCAAUAUCGAUGUCCAAAACUUUCAAAACUAUUUUUCUCGCAUCAGUAAUUUAAUUGUAAUUAAGGUGGCCUUUCCAUGUACUAUUUUACUACUUUAACUAUUUCUAUAUAGUUUAUUGUAAGAUAUUAAUAAAAAGAUGUUAAAAUAA